AUGGCAAGAACUGAGUAUUCCUCAGAAUUUAAGAACCAAGUGGUUCAAUUCAUCAUUGGAAAGUGCGUCAACGGAGUACCACCCCGUGGCACAUUGAAGGAAGCUCAGUUGAAGUUCAAAAUUUGUCGUCAAACCACAACGAGGUACUGGAACGCUGCGAAGAAACAACAAGCAAAGGGAGAAGUUAUUCAGUUGGUGAGUCAAAGAAAAAUGAGAAAAUAUCCUAAGAAAAUUGUUUUAGAUAUUGAAUUACUCAAAACCAUUCACUUUACCAAGAGGAGCAAUUUACUUAGCCUGUCAAAUGCUCUUAAAUGCUCCAAAACAACUGUUUGGAGAUGGGUACAAGCAGGCCUCAUUAGGCCUCAUACUUCGGCCAUUAAGCCCAACUUAACAGCUGAUCAUAUGCUACUGAGAUUGAGAUUCACAUUGCAAUCAUUAGAACUGGAUAGAAUUUUGAACAGAAUCAUGUUCAGGAACAUGGAUAACACCAUCCAUAUUGAUGAAAAAUGGUUUUACAUCACUCAAGGUAGCCAAAGGUUCUACCUUGCACCUGGUGAGGCAGAGCCCCACAGAACAUGUAAGAACAAGAAGUUCAUAUCGAAGAUUAUGUUCAUGUGUGCAGUGAGCAGACCAUUGUUUGGUCAAAAUGGAGAAGUAUUGUUCGAUGGAAAAAUUGGCAUUUUUCCAUUCACUAAACAGGUUGCAGCACAAAGAACAAGUAAGAACAGGGUUGCUGGAACAAUGGAGACUAAACCAAUUGAAAGCAUAACAAAGGAGGUCACCAAGCAAUGCUUGAUCAACAAGAUCAUACCUGCUAUCUUUGAGAAAUGGCCAGAGGGGGCAAGUAAAAGAAUAAGGAUACAACAAGACAAUGCAAAGCCACACAUCAAAGACACUGACCCAGACUUUAAGGUUGCUGCACAGCAACAUGGAUUUUCCAUGUCACUUGUGCAGCAGCCACCAUGCUCUCCAGACACCAAUGUUAACGAUUUGGGAUGGUUCAGAGCGAUACAGUCACUACAAGUGCAGACUGCAUGCAAGACUAUUGAUGACUUGAUUAAAGCUGUGGAGAAAUCAUUUCAUGAUUUAUCUCCACAGACUUUAGACAAUGUUUUUCUGUCUUUGCAAAGUUGCAUGGUAGAAAUUCUCAAGGUUAAGGGCCAGAAUAGUUACAAGGUCCCUCAUCUAGGGAAGAAUAACCUAAGGAGGAACGCACAACUGCCCAAGAAUCUAGAAGUGUCAUUGGAGUUGGUCAUGGAAACCAUUGCAUAUUUAAAGCAAAAGGGUUGUUUUGAAGGACUUGAGAUAAUUACUCAAGCAUUAGGUGUGGCUUUCCUAUAG